CAUUCUUUCUUAAAUCGACGCAUAUUUUACCCAAGAAUACAAAAUUUAGAUUCACAAAGUUCAAAGUUUGUUGAUUGGCAUUUUUGUAUUGUUAAUUUAUCGUAAGCAUAUUUCUCAAUCUGGGAAAGAACGUGCUCAGAACGUGCCAAUAGAUAUUAUGAUUACAAAAUUUUUAGCUUUUUAUCUUGUUUUCGACGUAUAGACUUGGUUGUAGCUUACAUAAAAAAGGAGAGGCUUUCUGUUGUGCCAUAGCAAAGUCCAGUAGAGUUUAGUUAGAACAAAUCUAAUAGUACAUUUGACUACUAACAUAUCGCAAUUUUGACAGGGCAAUGAACUGACAAAGACCAAUUCAAAAUCGUUUACUAUUUGAUUAUUUAUUUGUUUUUAGUGGCACAUGCCUGUCACUCAAGCGCAGUUAUAUCAAGAUAUAUUUAAAAAUAACUAAUUUCACACUUAAAUAAAAUAUAGUUUCUGCGAACGUAGACAAGAGGUCAUGUCUCGAAUUUUUAACAGACGUUUCCUUGUUAAAUAGUUCACGAAGUCAGAAUACUCUCUCCUUAUUUACAUACGCAAAACACUAAAAUCACCUACAAAAUAAAAAAGUUGCCAUUUGACCCAUCUACGUACGAAUUUUGCAAUCCGCUUAUAAACAACCAUUCUAAAAUAAAACUUGUAGUUUCUUAAAUCGCCACUAACAAAUAACGAAUUUCAGAUAAGUGUUAUCACCUGACCCUUGAAUGUUUUAUAAUAAACCAAUGAAUAUUCAAAGUCAGUUUAAGACAACGUAUCAUCAAGAGCACAAGUUGAUUUGCGCUAGUAUGUGUUGUAUCAAUCCACUCACCCGUAAAGAUUAAAAGAAAAGGUAAAAAUGACUGUGACCCAGUAUUAUUCGCAUCAUGAACAAAACUGUUGUAGCCGUACAUGGAGUCUACAUUUUUAGAGAAAAUUUUCAACACGAUUCGCAACAAGGAUUUAAUUUUUGUUAGUUCUAACCCUUUGGAGCUGAGUGUGUUUGUUGACGUGUACCACAUAGAAAGUCCUGGAAAUGGCUCUUGAUUUUUUCGCAGGGUGUCUCGGAGGAUGUGCUGGUGUGGUAGUCGGCCAUCCUUUGGAUACUGUCAAAGUCCUAUUGCAAACACAAGAUGCAAGCAAUCCCAAAUUUCGAGGAACAACGGAUUGUAUAAAAAGCCUUUUCGUGAAAGAAGGAAUUAGAGGGUUGUACAAGGGGAUGUCUAGCCCUUUGAUGGGAGUCGCAGCCAUUAACGCCAUAGUUUUUGGGGUGUAUGGCAACACUCAGCGCCACUUUACCAACCCAGACUCUUUAACUUCCCAUUUCCUUGCUGGUGCCGCUGCUGGGCUCGCCCAAAGUUUCUUCACCAGUCCUAUGGAGUUGGCAAAGUCACGACUACAAGUAUCCAAUGGUACCAAAGGCCCCAUCGACUGCUUGAGGAAAAUAUACACUCAUGAAGGUAUUCGUGGAAUCUUCAAAGGCCUCAGCAUUACCAUUCUUCGCGAAAUCCCAGCUUUCAGUUCCUACUUCGUUACGUAUGAACUAUUGACCAGAAGCAGUGACAACGCACCCAUCUCCACGGGGACCAUGUUGGUUGCUGGUGGCCUCGCUGGUACAGUUUCAUGGGUCCUCGUCUACCCAGUGGACGUGAUAAAGUCUAGAAUCCAGAUCGAUGGCUUGACGGAAACCAAAUACGAGAAUUCGUUACACUGCUUGAAAAAGAGUAUAGCAAGCGAGGGUUAUGGAUUUCUGUACAGGGGUCUUUCGCCCACGAUUUUACGAGCUUUUCCAGUAAAUGCCGCUACUUUCGCUGUUGUUACAUGGACUAUACGUUUGUUGGGCGAUAAUGAUGUGACAGGGAAGGUUAGAGAUGGGGAAUUGUGGGGGCGGUGUACGGAUGCUGUGUAUACACUUAAAGUGUCAGAGGCUGCUCCGGUUUGAUAAAAUACGAUGGUUUUAGAAGAUGUGUUUUGCUUAUUUAGUGAUAAAUUAUACGAACUGGUGUUACGUCACAUGAAUAUGCAAAAAUGAAGCGUUAGUUGUGUGUUUAGUUGACUGGGGCCGAUUUGAGGAAGUGAACGUCGAACUGGCGCCGGGGAAUUGUAGAGGCGUCUUCGAGACUAGCAGAACAUGUUAGUGUAGAUUUUUUUACAGUGAAAUAAAUAUGGGAAAGUUAA